CCGGUGGUCAUGUCCUUCCCGGGCUCGGUUGUCAGGGCUCUGCUCACCCGCUGGAAGUCAUACAGACACCGCUUUGUGCCCUGGGUGGCGCUGAACCUGGCCCGGAACCGCAGGUGGAUGCCCUGUAUACUAGAGCUGCAAACCUUGCGCUAUGUGUCGGAGGGCAGCAGCGACAAGCUUAUUCCUGAUGCCGAUGUGAAGAGCGCUCUUGUUGGCCUCUUUCAAGCUUUCUUCAUGUCUGAUUUGUACAGACAGAGAGACCUCCUGCACAUGCUUCCUGAAUGCACGAAGGCCUUGUAUUAUAAUCCAGACAUUGGAGAAGCACCGAGCUGCCACACUGAACAGGACGUCACUCUACAAGCAGCUGAGAUAAUGCACAGAUCUUUCGGGUUCACCAUUGAAAGACAGCCAAGCUCUCUGGACUCUGCCGGGAUUGGAGUUUUCGUUUGCAGAGGGUUUGUGCCCAAAGGAGCCAUAGUGUCUAUGUACCCUGGUGCCAUUUACCAAAAGUACGAGCCCAUAUUUUUUCAGUCAGUUGGAAACCCAUUUAUUUUUCGAUGCCUGGAUGGUAUUCUCAUUGAUGGGAAUGACAAGGGGAUCUCAAAGUCAGUAUACCGGUCUUGCAAUGGAAGAGACCAGCUGGGCCCUCUGAAGAUGUGUGAUUCCACCUGGCUGACAAGCUUCCCCCGUAAUCCACUGGCCGUGGGACAGUAUGUUAAUAAUUGCUCCAAUGAGAAGGAAGCCAACGUGUGCUAUCAGGAGUUUGAUGUACCUGACACGUUUCCGGUGGAACUACGACAAUACAUCCCGAAUAUUCACUACUCCCAUGAGAGUGAAGGGCCCAUAAGGUGUGUGGUUCUUGUGGCUCUCAGAGACAUACAUUGUGGAGAAGAGCUCUUUUCAAACUAUUUUACAAUCGUUCGGUAGCACAAUACCGAGGCGGAUACUUUGCAGGAUGUAUGGAAGG